GAUCUUUGAUCGUCAAAUUAACUAUAACUGUAUGCCUCAUCUCAUAUUUCUAUUAAUGUGUCCAGCCCCUGCGGUUACAACGGUGUCUCCUACAAUGAAUCAAACCUAUGACUUGUUGUGAGUACGUUGUGUAUCUUUGUCACGAGGUUUUGUUUACAAGUCGGCCAUUCAUAAAGAUUGACAUUUGACCUAUUUGUGAAACAAAAGCAUGUGACUUGUUUGAGCACUGUUCUGUUGUGCAACUCGGAGACCGUCACAAGUUGAUUGUAACUGUGUACUUGCAUUUUGCUUAUAUGCGAAAUCACAUGUGUCGAUAAAGGAAUUUCAUCGUAGGCUUUGAGAUACGUAUACGUUCAAAACUGUUCAAAACUGUUCAAAAUAUGUAGGCAAGCUCUAACGGAGAUGAAGUUGUACGUUUUCAUCGUUUAUUUCCUUGUCAGUUUUUCACACCCUGAAGGAGCUUACACUAGAAUCCCCGGGUGCAACAAAAGUUAUGUUGGGAUACGGGGCAAGAGGAUAAACACAGAUUUCUUGCCGAAGGGACCCGAAGUGGAAGUCCGUGAGAUAUCAGAUGAAUAUCGGUUGGAAAUAAAGAACACCGGUCCAGUAGUACUGGAUUCAAGAAUAGACUUCAUGGCCAAGAUGUUCAACAAGACAGGACACCUGGCUGAUUCCACCUCCUUCCUGUAUGUUUGGAACAAUGAUGCAGAUUUUCAUGAGUUAAGGAAGGAGGAUAACUUUGAAGCAAACAUGACUCAAACUUAUAGCUUUGUUUUACCCAGUCAAUACACAAUGCAGGUGUGUGUGUAUUCCAAAGAGGAGAAACUAACACACAUCAAAUAUCACUUAGUCGCCAAGGGAGGAACAAAGUUCACACUAACAUCAUUACUGAAUGGAAAAAUAGAUUUAAAACAAAGUUUAAGUUAUCAAAAACAUAAAAAAGUUCUAGCAACAAAUAUUCCAAUAGAUUUCUCUGUGAACCUGACUGAUAAGUUCCAGUCCAAACCAACAUCCUCGUUUCAUUGGUUUAAUGGGAAAACUCUGCUGGGCCACACAACAGUACCAAAAUUUGUGUUUACAUUGAAAAAAGCAGAGAAAAUGGAGAAGCUGUCUGUUUCUGUCAGCACAAGCCUGGAAGAUGAGUUCGUGGAGAAGAAAGGGGAAUGGUCAGAGGAUGUACAGGUGAAAGAUGCUAUACAAGGGGUGAAAUGGAACCUGUCUGGAAGGUCCUCUGUAGAUGUUAACAACCUUUUGAAUCUGACUGUGUUCUACAAGGCCAGUAAUCCGACAGUAAUUUGUUGGGAGGUGUGUGAGGCUAAGAAAAAUUCCAGUUACUGUAGCAACACAACAUGUGAGUCCCCAUUGACAGGAAACAGGAAGCAGUUUGAUGUUCAGGUGGGGUUUCCCAGUGUUGGUCUCUACCAUAUCCACUUCAGACUAGAGAACGAUGUCAGUCAACAGCAUUAUAGGACAGGUGUUGUACACGUCUAUGCUACAGAUUCCUACAGUUCCCAUGGAUAUGCCAUCCCGAUCUUCUUCAGUUGUCUUGGUGUUUUCAUUGUCCUUGUGUCAUCUAUAUAUUUCGUGCGAAUGAAGAGAAAGCCCCACGUAGAAACAGCCGACUUUGAUUUCCACCCAUCGUUAAACAGAGAAGAGCCCCAUCCAAUCAUAACUGGCAUCAAGAGAACUUUUACUCAUCAAUUUUUUCAGCCAAAGCAUUUGUACAGUUCCCUACAGCAGCCGAGAACUUCAGCCAGGUCUUAUGAUUCUAUGAGUGAAAAUGGCCCAUUGUAACAAACUUUGAACAGUGAAAAAGAUAUUGCAGCAAACCAAAAUAUUCAGCUGAAACAGUUUUAAGUGAGAAUAUUGUGUUACCGAAAGUUAAUUCGAAACAUAUUGAAUUUUGAUGAUAUACCGGUAUUCUCAGUGAACCAACAGAUUCCUUAAAUUUCCAUACGUCAGAAACACAAAGGUCUUAUCCACAUGGUUCACUUAGUCACACAUGGUUCACUUAGUCACACAUGGUUCACUUAGUCACACAUGGUUCACUUAGUCAGUGUUGCUACUACAAGGAAAGCACUGAACACUUGAGCAUCUGUGAUGGGACACUCAAGAUUUUGAACUUUUUCUCUCUACAUUUACAAAGUUUGUUCAUUUGUGGUGACAUUUGUUGUGACACGGUUGAUUUGUUACCUUAAAAUGUUACAACUGUGAUAUAAGACAGAAACUAAUGUGAACACAAAUUAUUAUCUGUGAUGAUGGAAUUUUACUUAUAUUAACAUGAACAAAUGCUGAAUUUUUUCUACAAUUAUCUGCACCCCUAACUUGAUUUUCUAUAUACUAUUACAUGUAAUGUGACCCGUUACCCUACAAAUCAUGAUGUUAGAUGUCAAACAUUUGGAAGUAUAGAUCACAACAGGCCCUGUCUCAGAAUUAAUUGUUAGUACUAAGUCAAUAAUUGUUAACCAAUUUUGCCCAGCAUGGGCUUCAUGAGGACUAAUUUACAAGUGAAUACCCUCAGAUUUAGGGAGUUUGACGGAACAAAGCUAGGGGGUAUACAGUAAUUAGAUUGUGUGUCUUCAGUCUGUCUGUCUGUCUGUCUGUCCGUCCACCUGUUCUGUUAUUAUAUUGUGACUAAAGAUAGAAAUUAAAGAUUGGUCAUAUAGUUCAUCAAUUUAAGGUAGUUAAAUCGGACCAUUGGAUAUUAUCAGUACUGUUUGGGUAAUCAGGUAGUUAACUCAGACCAUUGAUUAUUAUCAGUACUGUUUGGGUAUCCAGGUAGUUAACUCAGACCAUUGGAUAUUAUCAGUACUGUUUGGGUAUCCAGGUAGUUAACUCAGACCAUCGGAUAUUAUCAGUACUGUUUGGGUAAUCAGGUUGUUAACUCAGACCAUUGAUUAUUAUCAGUACUGUUUGGGUAUCCAGGUAGUUAACUCAGACCAUUGGAUAUUAUCAGUACUGUUUGGGUAUCCAGGUAGUUAACUCAGUCCAUUGGAUAUUAUCAGUACUGUUUGGGUAUCCAGGUACAUUUGUAGUUAACUCAGACCAUUGGAUAUUAUCAUUACUGUUUGGGUAUCCAGGUAGUUAACUCAGUCCAUUGGAUAUUAUCAGUACUGUUUGGGUAUCCAGGUACAUUUGUAGUUAACUCAGACCAUUGGAUAUUAUCAGUACUGUUUGGGUAUCCAGGUACAUUUGUAGUUAACUCAGACCAUGAGAUAUUAUCAGUGAUGUUUGGGUAUCCAGGCUGAAAGUGAGGAAAUCAUGGUGUCUCUCUUCGAGGAACCACAGGUGUUCAAUCUUUUCUCAUACAUUUUUAAGUAUCAUUUAACUUCAAAAUAUUAGCCACACAUUGUUAUUCAUUCUUUACAUUCCACCACAAGGACAAGUUGCAGGUCAUAGAUGUGAACAUGGAUUUAUUUAGCCAAAAAAAUAAAUUAAUUACAUGUAUGUGUAGGUAUGCAAGCUUCAUAUAAUUUAGCAUAUGUGUUGACCGAUUGCUUGCCAUGUGAAUAUUUUUACACCUCUGUAUAAGUUGGAGUGUGAUAUACUAGAUCAGGGUGGUUAUCUGUCUGUCCAUCUUUGGAUGGAAGCUUGUGCAACAAAUUGCUGCUUACCCUCUAAACCAGUUUUAUGUGCAAUUAAUCAGUACCUAAGGUAGUUUUGCAGUAGGUUAUCUUAAAGAGUUAUGCAUCUCCUUCUGAUAUCCUUUCAGAAAUUUGUUCAGAAAUUCCAGUAUGCCCUGGUACUUUUUUUCUUGGGCAGUAUAUAUGAACCUACAUACACUUGAUCAAUACUGUAGGUUAGUUGUGUGCUUGUAAGUAAUUUUGAUUAUUUCGAUAGGAGUUAUGCCCCUUUCUGAUUUUCUUAUAAUAUUUUUUCCCCCAAGCAUUGCUACUUAUAUAUGGGAAAUUUAGUUCAUAUGUCUGGAUGUUAGGUAGAUGCAUGAUUGAGUUUUAUUUUUUUGAUUCAACUACAUUUUUAGGAGUUAGUGUCUGUUUCUGAUUCGGUUGAUCUGUAGCUGACAGUUGUAGUUAUGCCCUGAUUAUCAGUGAGAAUGUGAGAUACUAUUUUUUGCAUGUCUGUCCAUUUGUCAUGCUAAGUUAAAAUUCAGUUGCUGCCCUAAACAAGUCUAUUUCAACCAAAUUUGGUAUGCUCGUACUAAUGAUGUAUCUGCAUGGCUAAAUUUGAUAACCUAUGUGAUGAUUGUAUAUUUAUACACAAUAAAGGAGCUAAGUUUGUUCUUAUUAAUUAACUGAUUUCCAUGCAACAACUGUGCUAGAAAUGGUUUGGUUUCGACCAAGUUUGGUUUAGCUAAUCUUGGUUGAAAUCAAACCAUUUCUCUAAGUAUGAAUCUGUAUAUGCCUCUUAAUGCAAAUCAAUGUAAUACAUUUAGUAUUACAUCUAUGUAAUACAUUUAGUAUUAUAUCUAUGUGAUACAUUUAGUAUUAUAUCUAUGUAAUACAUUUAGUAUUAUAUCUAUGUAGUACAUUUAGUAGUAUAUCUAUGUGAUACAUUUAGUAUUAUAUCUAUGUGAUACAUUUAGUAUUAUAUAUAUGUAAUACAUUUAGUAUUAUAUCUAUGUAAUAUAUUUAGUAUUAUAUCAA